UGGGGAGCUAUGUGAAGAUUCUCUUAAGAGGGAAGUUCUCUUAAGGUUGAAAUCUGAAAGGUUGGUGGGAGAGGGAGGGUGCAAUUCUGGCAGAUCCUGAGGUUUUGGAUUUCUGGGAAGGCCUGAAAUGUUUGCACUUGAUCAUGAUGAAGACAUCUGGGUUUGUAAUUUAAGGUUUUCCUUUAAUUCCAACACAUUCCAUUCCUAAUGAUUAACUAGCUCUGUGCAGAAGCAGACUGAACAAUGUUUCUUUUUCCCUGUUUACUUUGAAUAGGAUUUAAUAACCUUGAUGUAGAGUGGGGGAUGUGUCUAUGUGCGUAUGGGAGGAUUCAUUAUUUUUUAAGCCUGAUAUUUCUUAUAGUUCUCAUUCCAUGAAAUCAUGAAUAUCCAUAUUAUGAGCAUUAAAGAUUACUAUAUCUGAUAACUAACAUCAAAAUACUUUUCACCAAGAACACCAUAUUCCAAUAUAAUAGUUGUUAUUUCAGAUAAACUGUUUAGACUAUCAUUAAUAGAUAAAUAAACCAAAGGAAAAAACCUGUUGAUUAAAAUGCUAGAGGUUCUUUUUUUAAUGGGCAUAUACUCUUCAAUAUUGGUUUCUGCAGUUGCACAUUGUUGCAUGCAUACUAUAUGUUUCUAAAAAGUGAAAUUAUAUCUUUCUAAUCAGUAAGCUUAUUCAUAGAAGAAAAAAGUAACACAACAUUUACAUGUAUGAAGGGCUAUAUAUAUAUUAGGUAUAAAAAUACUAUUUGCUUGACUACUCACAAUGGUAUCAUUUGUAUGACUGAUCAAAGAUAGACUUUGUUUACUGGUUACUAACUACAAAGCCAUUGAAUGAGAUUUUGGCCUUUUGGUCUACCGGUAUACUGUUGGCCCAAUCCUAUGACUCAUCAGGACUUAGAAAUCCCAGCUCCUGAUAAUUGCUAUGAAGGAAAUGAUGUACCUUCAACUCAAUUGCUCAUUUCUAAAGGACCUAAAUGUUGAUCUUUUAACCCAUAUUUUAUGGUGUAGGAUGUUUAAAAUGACUCUUAUCACAUAAUUCUACAUCUACUCUUUUUUUUGAAAAUUCAUUUCUUUUUUCUCAACAGGGCUUAUUUAUCAUGGUUUUGUAACCUCAUGGUCUGAAUGUCUCUCAUUUUUCUAUUUCCCAGUAAACAAGAUAUUAAGAUGAUGUUUUCCCUCUGAGGGUGUUCUGAAAGCUAAUGGGGAUGGCGGGGCAAUGGCUAAUGAUCCACAGCUACUGUUGCCUGCUACUUGCAGGAUGCUCUGUUGGGCCAGCAGGUGACUCCAGCAGGAAAUCUGAAGAGCCAUAAUGAUGUGACAGUGAAUAAUGAGUAGUACCUACUGUGGCAACUCCUCAGCUAAGAUGAGCGUCAAUGAAGUAUCAGCUUUUUCGUUGACUCUGGAACAAAAAACUGGCUUUGCUUUUGUUGGGAUUUUGUGUAUCUUCUUAGGACUUCUUAUUAUUAGAUGCUUCAAAAUCCUGUUAGACCCGUACAGUAGCAUGCCUUCCUCUACAUGGGAAGAUGAAGUUGAAGAAUUUGAUAAAGGGACAUUUGAAUAUGCACUUGCGUGAGAGUUCCACCUUUAUGGUUUUUUAGAGUUAUGCCACUGGGACCCAUGGAAGAUACAACUGUAAUCUCCUCGAGCAUGCUGGAAGAGGCUCACUUCAUCCACUAAAUUCAAUAAACAUGUAUGGUUGGCCAAGUCAUCUAAUCUCUAUGGACUUCAGUGAGGAAGCUAACCAGAGGAUUUUUAAUGUCCCUUUCAAUUCUAGUGCCCUAUGAACUCUGUGAACGUAUCGGGAAACCCAGAGAUCUGAGAUGAAUGAGGAUUUAGGAUGUUAUGAAAAUUUUUUCAGUUUAGGAGUCUCAAUUCUGUGGUUUGAAUUCUAAUGUUGACUUAGCCAAGAAGCUUUAUGACCUAUAAAGCUGUCUAAGAGGAACCUUUCCAUAUCUACAAAAACAAGGAUAAAGAAACCUAUCCUGCAUAUCUUGCAGGAAUGUUGAGAGGACCAAGUGAUGUAAGAUGAAUGUGAAAGCAAUAUGAAAACCAUAAAACAUUGUUGAAACAUA